AUGCCGGACAACGUGGGACCUCCGAAAUCCUGUCCCGGAAAGAUAGAUUUUCGGAAACCUCGGAGACGUAGGCACUAUGCCACAUUGCGUCGUCAUCGGACGUCGUUCGACCUGACGAAUCAAGUGAUCGUUUACUUCGACCCCGACGGCAGCGGGAGAUGUGAAGUGGUUGGAGGUGGUGGCACUACUGCAGGCUACGGCGGCGGUGGCGACCAGCAGUCCUCGGAGGUACAAAAGUCUGUGGACGCGAACCGCAAGGGCCGGCCCAAAGGAUCGAAGAACAAGUCCCCGACAUCGUCUUCGUCGCCGUCACUAUCCGGCUCGUUCAACUACCGCUCCAAGAAAAAGUCACUGACGUACACGUUCGCUGGCCCGGUCAAGUGCAAAUCAUGCGAUCGCACGUUCGACGGCGACCCUGUGGCCCACUGUCUGGAGCAUCACAGGUCCGUGUGUCCUAUUUGCGGCCGCACGUACCGGCCACCGUUGAACACGCACAUCAAAUCGCACGGGACCCGACACGUUUUGCUGACCGUUUCGUGUUACGAGUGUUACGUGUGCAAGGAGAAGUUCGGAAACGCGCAGACCAUGGCCGAACACUUGCGGACCGAACACCAAGAUGUCACCGCCGCUGGCGAGUGUUCGCUGUGUGGCGAAACCACCACCGCGUUCGUGACCGUCGAAGCAGCCAUCGACCACCUAGUGGACGCGCACUGUCCGCGCAAGAAGUUUAGCCACCCAACCGUGUAUCGGUGUCGGGUGUGUCUGGCCGGGUUCAAGAGCCAGAUCAACGUGCUGCGGCACGCGUGCAACAAGAUCAAGUCACCGCAUUGCGCACAGUGUGAAAAGACGUUCCCGUCCAAGAUGCGGUACGCGUUCCACCUGCAGUUCCACGAGCACCCAAAGUGGGCGACCAUGCACUUGCACUGCGACCUAUGCCUGGCCGAGUUCGACGACGAGUACCAGCUGUACGAUCACAUCCGGUUCCGACACGAGCUGCACGACAAGGCGGUGUGCGAGGUGUGUGGCCGGACGUUCAAGUCGUCAAUGGGCCUAAACAUCCACCGCCGGUAUCACAACGGGUCCCGGGACUUUGCGUGCGGAUCGUGCGACAAGUCGUUCCUGAACAAAUCCACGCUUAGGGAGCACGAGAUCUCGCACAUGGACGUCAAGCCGUUCCAAUGUCACAUAUGCGGCCAGUACCUGAGUCGCGCGUCCAGGCUCCGGUCACACGUCAAGACUCACCGAGCCGCCGAGUCGACCGACCAGCUGUGCUACUGCUGCAGCCAGUGUGGUUACGUGGCACCUAACCCGACCGCGGUCACCGAACACGUCGGCAAGCAGCACUGCGAUGAAACUGUAAAUAACGAAUGUUACGCACUACAACUGUCGUCGGUGGUCAAGUGCGAGUACUGUGACUCGACGUACCUAAACUCGGUACACCUGAACAGCCACCGAGAAGCGGAGCACGUGGGUGGAGGGGCAGGCAACGCCGAACCAUUCAUCUGCGUGGUGUGUUCGUCCACGUUCAGUACGUACUCCAGGUUGACCACGCACAAGCUAACGCAUGGAAUCAAUAUGGAGUCCACCUGUGGCGUGCCCGUUCAGCAGCAGCAAACUGAACAGGACGAUCUCAAUCAGCCUGCAGACUUCCUGGACGACUCGGUGUCGGAUAAGUUUGAAAUCCCACAGUUUUUCUCCUGCGAGUACUGCUCCAAGAUGUGCUUGCACUACACGUACUUUUGCCUACACCGGCGACUCAAACAUCCACCCGGAGUGCAGACGCACACGUGCGAAAAGUGCUCAGUGGACUUUAAAACGUCCUGGAGACUGUCGUACCACAGAAAAACCGUACACGGACAACAGACAGACGAAAAGCCGGCUGAGAAGUUCAACUGUACCGUAUGCUCUCGGCAGUUCGUCAAGAUCGGCGCCCUCAACUUGCACAAGACCCGCACGCACAUCGACGUGGUCGGCGACGUGUGCAAGUACCUGUGCCAUCUGUGUGGCAAGUUUUUCAGCUCAGAGUUUUCGCUCAGGGCGCACGUCAAGACGCACGAAUUCAGCGUUGGCGGUGUGCCCGCACCAGUACAGAUGCCACUACUCGGCGGCUGCAUCGGCAACGACGAUCGCUCUCUCGUCGACAACCACAGCUACUGCUCCGAACCCUCCUCGAUGGCACCGCCGCAGACGGUACAUAUCUGGCCGAAUCACCGGCGCCGCACUUACCGGAAACCGAUCUCCACCUCCUCUGCCGCCUGUUUGACGUCGCCGGUCAAGAAAUCGUGUCCGUACUGCACUCUGACGACCGAUGACGAGGCGGCGUUCAUCGAGCACGUCAACGGUCAUAUCGGGUACUGCAAUCCCGUAUUGCCGGCGGGCACCGUUUGUGAGCUGUGCGAAGCGAGUUUCGGUGACUCUAAGCAACUCAAGUACCACCUAGACGACCACGUGAAAGCGAACCAAGCUCUCCUGUGCCAGGCGUGCUACUCGCCGUUCCUGUCGUCGGCCGCGCGCGCCGUCCACGUUGCCAAGGAAUGUCCGUCCACGACGAUGCUGGUCGACUACACAUCUACCGGUACUGCCGUCCCUCCACGAGUAGAGUCCAUAGGCCCGUCCACCCCACCUGAAGUCAAGUCUGUCAGCCCAUUCACCCUACCCGAAGUCAAGUCUGUCAGCCCAUCAACCCAACCACCCGAUGUCAAGUUUGUCAGCCUCCCCGUCUCUACGCCCGAUGUCAAAUUUGUCGGCCUCCCCGUCUCUACGCCCGAUGUCAAAUUUGUCGGCCUCCCCGUCUCUACGCCCGAUGUCAAGUUUGUCGGCCUGUCCGACACCCCGCAGUCCGACGCCCGUCCUGCACUGAUCGUCGACUGUUCGGAGAUAUUCAGUGACUGCAAGGGCAUAACCGACGAUAGAUCAUCGUCCCGGAAAUCGGACGAAUUUCCGGUCGAGCCAAACGCCGACGACAAAGGAUCACUGGAAUUUUCCGUGCUCGACGAGCUCUUGUCCAUCAUGUCCACGCCGCGCACGUUGGUCGCCCUGGAUUCGAUCGACUACCAACCACCGGACGACAUGUCGUUGGACGCGAUUUUCGACAGCAUCUCCACUGCCGUAGACUGA